UUAAGCUGCGUGAAAUACCUCAUGUUCAUCUUUAACUUUUUUAUAUUUCUCGGCGGAACGUUUCUGCUCGGACUCGGGGUUUGGGUAAUCGUUGACCCCACCGGUUUCCGGGAAAUCAUAGCUGCAAACCCCUUGAUGUUCAUGGGCGCCUACCUGGUUCUGGCCAUGGGGGCCAUGUUGUUUCUUCUCGGCUUCCUGGGCUGCUGUGGAGCCAUCCGUGAGAACAAGUGCCUUCUGUUGUUUUUCUUCAUGUUCAUUCUGGUUAUUUUCCUGGCAGAACUCUCGGCUGCAAUUUUGGCGUUCCUGUUCAGGGAGAACCUCACCAGAGACUUCUUCACCAAGGAGCUGAAGAAACAUUACCAGGGAAACAACAGUACGGACAUCUUCACCUCCACCUGGAACUCCGUCAUGGUCACUUUUGAAUGCUGUGGCGUGAACGGCCCUGAAGAUUUCGGGGAAACCUUGCACUUUAAGGCCCAU